AUGAUUCCCAAAUCAUGCAGGACACCGUACCUUCCUGAUGUAAAGGAGAGCAUAUUGUACAAGCCCGACAUCUUACAGUCACCAAAGUCACCUUCUCGGGCAGCUUAUUUGCAUGAGAGGUCAUCCAAGAGGCAUGUUCCAUACCCUCUCAGGCCAUCUCCACUGGAGCUUCAGUUUGCAAACCACAUGACAGGACGAGUACGCGAACCAGACUUUACACCUGAACAGCUUCAAGAGCACAAGGACACAAUAUCCAGUGGUCUCUCACAGAUGAGCUUUGACACUUUGUACAAAGCAUUCAAAGCACUACUUGCCGGUCGCGAGGCUGCUCGCCAUGAAGUGGCGACAUCGCUAUGGCAGGUUGAAUACUCGGAGCGUAUGACAGCAUUCAACCAGGCGCUCCACCAGGAGAACAGAGACUGGCUCAAUAUGAAAGAUGAACAGCUGAAGAAACUUAGAAACAUCUUUUCUGAGCGUGACCGGACGGAAAUCGAUGACGACACGGAUUACAUUCAAGCCAUCUACAACAAUGAGUGCGAGAUGCUUCGUGCCAUCACUGCCCAAGCGGAGAUAAUCUCAAGACACCUGGGCUCACGUGCCAAGCGUGAAUUAUUAGCAUCUACCGGCGAAGCUCCCUACCUCCCAUGGUUUGUUGGUGGUUUGCAUAACAAGGAUAGCAUCACGCUUGCGCUACGUGGUUUCACGGAUGCUGGUACCGAUACUGAUACCGACUCUGAUACCGACUCCGGCGAAGAUGAUGAUAAUCGGCCGGGCCAGCAGCGCUUGUGCGGCAUGCAGUUGUGA